AUGCCUGGCAAGAUCCGUACCGCACAGACGGUGUCCUUUGAUGUCCCGGCCGCAGAACAGCCCGGCUUACACAACCGCUGGCACCCAGACAUUCCCUCGAUUGGCACCAUCAAGCGGGGUGAGACGGUCAAGAUUGAAUGUCUGGACUGGACGGGAGGGCAGAUCGGGAACAAUGACAGCGCAGACGACGUCCGCGACGUCGAUCUCACCAAAAUCCACUACCUGACGGGGCCCUUUGACAUCCAAGGCGCCGAGCCGGGCGACCUCCUCGUCGUCAACAUCACCGACAUCCAGCCGUUCGACCACGCUCCCUGGGGCUUCACCGGCGUCUUUGACCGCAACAACGGCGGCGGCUUCCUCGACAGACACUACCCGCGCGCGGCCAAGGCCAUCUGGGACUUUGACGGGAUAUACUGCUCCAGCCGCCACAUCCCGGGCGUGCGCUUCGCCGGCCUGAUUCACCCGGGCAUCCUUGGCUGCGCGCCGUCCGCAGACGUGCUGGCCCAAUGGAACCGCCGCGAGGCCGAGCUGAUCUCGGCCUGCGCCCAGUCCAUGCCGGGCCAGAUUGUCGCCCAGCCUCCCAACGAGGCGAAUGCCCACGCGGGCCAGGCCGACGGGGACCUCAGGGCCAGGAUUGCCCGCGAGGGCGCGCGGACGAUUCCCGGCCGGCCGGAGCACGGCGGCAACGUGGACAUUAACAACAUCUCUCGAGGAUCUACGACCUACCUCCCCGUCCACGUGCCCGGCGCCAAGUUUUCCGUUGGCGACCUCCAUUUCAGCCAGGGAGACGGCGAGAUUAGCUUCUGCGGCGCCAUUGAAAUGGCGGGCGUCAUCACCAUCAGGUUUGACCUCAUCAAGAACGGCAUGAAGGAGCGCGCGAUAGCCAGCCCCGUUUUCAGACCAGGCGAUGUGCAGCAGCUCUUUGGACCGUCGCGGUACCUGACUUUCGAGGGCUUCUCGGUGGACGAGGCGGGCAAGCAGCACUUUCUCGACGCCACUGUUGCGUAUCGCCAGGCGUGCCUCCGGGCCAUCGAGUAUCUCAAGCAAUUUGGCUAUUCCGGGGAACAGGCAUAUCUGCUUCUGUCGUGUGCGCCCAUCAAGGGCUCCAUUGCUGGAAUUGUAGAUGUGCCCAAUGCGUGUACAACAUUGGGUCUUCCUAUGGAUGUGUUUCAGUUCGACAUAUCCGUCGAAGCUGAACGGGUGAAGAGGGAUCUGGGAGCCUGUCCUGUGGCCGCAGAGUGA